AUGACAUUUUCAGCUGCCGUCUUCGAUUCUCAACGUGCGUCCCCAAACGAAAUACCUAAUAUCCUUCGGCGAAUUCCUGGUACAUUUUACGUCCUCCUUCACAUGCGACAAGAUACGGAGCUCCACUCCACUGAGUGGAGGUACGGCCUGCCUCAAGUCAUCUUACCCGCGCGAUAUCUGGAUAGCAAAGGUACUCUCUGUACCGGGGCAGCACAGAACGGCGCGCGCAGAAUCACAAUUGAUCAUCUACUGGUGUCUGGCGUUGCUACUUUCGUCGGUUUAAUCGCAACAUUCCAUUCUUUCAUCUGA